AUGGCGCAGAAAGGCACAUACAGUGAAGAGCUGGAAAAUGAGUUCAAACACACUGAUCCAAACGCGCACGCUAGUAGAUUACUUGCACAGGAAAUUGAUCGACUGACUAAAGGUGAAGAUGACAAGAAAGACCGCCCACCAGUUUCCAUGUAUGACAUUCACCAUGAUCGACCCCAGAAAUUGUCUGUGAAAAUCAGAAUUCCUACCAAAGAAUAUCCUAGAUAUAAUUUCGUUGGCAAAUUGCUUGGACCAAAAGGACAGACUCUCAGAGCACUUCAAGAUCAAACUGGCUGUAAAAUGGCCAUCAUGGGCAGAGGAUCAAUGAGAGAUAAAGAGAAGGAGGAAGAACUGAGGAAAGAAGGAGGCAAAUACGCUCAUCUCAGCGAGGAGCUCCAUGUGUUGGUAGAGUGCUAUACAGAACUGACGGAUGGUUAUUACAGACUUGCAGCAGCCUUGACCGAACUCAAGAAAUUUGUCAUCCCUGAAUUGACGGAAGACGCAUAUGGCGGUCCUGGUGGCGCAGAAAUGGGAAUGGAUGGUCCUCCGGUUAGAGGAAGAGGCGGUUACAGAGGUGGACCUCCAGACAGAGGUGGUCGCGGUGGCUUCAGAGGACGCGGAAAUGGACCUGUACCUGCACCUCCUCCUGGUGGAAGAGGUGCCCCACCGACUAGAAGUCCAAGAGGAGCACCCCGAGGAGGUCCUGCUGGACGUGGCGCACCCUCAGCUCGAGGAGCUAGGGCCGCUCCUCCACCAGCUUCUUAUGAAGGCUACAGUUCUCAGGGCUACGGAUCUGGUUAUGAAUCAUCAUAUGAUGAAGGCUAUGGACAAGAAGCAUAUUAUGACUAUGGUGCUCCUAACUCAGGCUCUGCUGCAGGCUAUGAAUCGUAUUCAGGUUAUGACUAUGGUGAUGGCUGGUCAAGUGGUGGGAAAACAGCUGCUGCCCCAUCGAGGGGUUCCUCCAGAGGUCAGGCUAGAUCGCACCCUUACUCACGUACAGCAUCGGGCAACUACUGA